CGCUCUACCCUGGUCCGUGUGGCCCUCGUGGGCCCCGCCUCAGCCAUGAUGAUCCACGGCUUUCAGAGCAGCCACCAGGACUUCUCCUUCGGGCCGUGGAAGCUGACGGCGUCCAAGACCCACAUCAUGAAGUCAGCGGAUGUGGAGAAGUUAGCUGAUGAAUUGCAUAUGCCAUCUCUUCCUGAAAUGAUGUUUGGAGACAAUGUUUUAAGAAUUCAGCAUGGCUCUGGCUUUGGGAUUGAGUUCAAUGCUACAGAUGCAUUAAGAUGCGUAAACAACUAUCAAGGAAUGCUUAAAGUAGCCUGUGCUGAAGAAUGGCAGGAAAGCAGGACGGAGGGUGAACACUCCAAGGAGGUUAUUAAACCCUAUGAUUGGACCUAUACAACAGAUUAUAAGGGAACAUUACUUGGAGAAUCUCUAAAGUUAAAGGUUGUACCUACAACAGAUCAUAUAGAUACAGAGAAAUUGAAAGCCAGGGAACAGAUUAAGUUUUUUGAAGAAGUUCUUCUGUUUGAGGAUGAACUUCAUGAUCAUGGAGUUUCAAGCCUGAGUGUGAAAAUUAGAGUAAUGCCUUCUAGUUUUUUCCUGCUGUUGCGGUUUUUCUUGAGAAUUGAUGGAGUACUUAUCAGAAUGAAUGACACGAGACUUUACCAUAAGGCUGACAAGACCUACAUGUUACGAGAAUAUACAUCACGAGAGAGCAAAAUUUCUAACUUAAUGCACGUUCCACCUUCUCUGUUCACGGAACCUAAUGAAAUAUCACAGUAUUUACCAAUAAAGGAAGCAGUUUGUGAGAAGCUAAUAUUUCCAGAAAAAAUUAUUCCUAACCCAGAAGACUCAAAACAAAGUACACCUGUGGAAUAGAAUGUGAUACAACAUAUGCACUCUGUGGAACUCACCGGACACCUUGGCUAUGUGUAGGGGGGUAUUUUUAUGAGAAUUAAUUGCCUUGUUUAUGUGCAGAUAUCUGUAGCCUUAAA